UUCCGUUGUUCUUUCAUCUAGCAUUUUGAUCCCAAUCACUCAUUUAUUAACAUGCCUUUAAGAACGACCCUUUUGAUAUUAUUGGUUGCCAUUACACCUAUCUUGGCCAUUGUGCCCAAAAACCUGGUCAUUUUUGGAGAUUCAUAUUCUGAUGUAGGCAACCUCCAGCGCCAAACGAAUGGUCCUCUGUGGGUAGAGGAUGUAGCUUAUGCCUGGAAUGUUUCGGUUUAUAACUUCGCAUUCGGUGGAGCUACCUGCGAUUCUGACCUCUAUGCUUUGGAUCCCAGCGAUAAGUCCCCUAGUCUGCGAGAUCAAAUCGAAAUAUACUAUGAUCAGAAAUUAGACCUGAAACCCGAAGAAACUAUCUAUGCUAUAUGGAUCGGCAUUAAUGAUGUAGCUCUAGCCACAGCUGACAAUGGAGCCAAGCCAGUCUCUCCGAACGAAAUCACAUCUUGUGUCCGAUCACAAAUCGCUACCCUCCGUCAUUACUUUAAGGCAGUCAAUAUUUUGUUGCUGGAAGUCCCGCCAUUGGAGCAUAUGCCAUUCUUCUUUGAACAAGAUCAACGUGGAGAUGCCUCGCGCAAAGUUAACACCUUGUUUGUUGUUCAAAAUGCUGAUUGGAGCAGCGAGCUAAAUAUUCGACUCAAAAUCAUUUAUACUCACCAAUUGCUGGAUAAAGUCGUCGCCGCACCUGCGUCAUAUGGAUUUAACAAUGUAACGCACGGCUAUUGGGAAGUUUGUACAGGCACCUGUACUGACAACGAGAACGACUAUCUUUGGUGGGACGCUGGCCAUUUGACAGGUGCUGGACAUAAAAUCAUUGCCAAUGAAAUCAUCAGAGCUUCGCCUUUUGAUGUAGAAGCUUAUGAAGUGGACGAUGUGGAUUAUGUGAAGGAAGCCUUAAGUGAACCAGCCACAAAGCUCAAAUCUGACGUGUACAAGGCGAAAUCGGCUACAGGAACAUUGGAUAAUGCACCAGAGAAGGAAAAGGAAUCUACAGCAAGUAGCGGUGGACUUCAACGUCCAAUGUCAUCUUCCAACAUGACCUGGAGCAGAGUGUAUGCUAUAUGGAUUCUACUGCUUCUCAUCAUGACGUUCUUCUGUUGCUUUUCAGUCGGAAGAGCUCGACUUACAACCAUCAUGGCAUCUUUCACCACCAAAUACAACUCCCGAGGUCGUUUUGUACCCCUUAGAGACUUGGAGAGCUCGCGAGAAUGAAAUGAAGAAAAAAAAACAGUGCAGCGUUUACCGCUUGUCUUUACAGGAAAGACAUGUAAAUAUAUCUAUACGCCAUUUUGGUAUCUAUUCACUCCAAUAAACUAAAAAUUAUGAUGAAACUUGUUUUGAUGAUGCGUCUGCCUAUGUAUUCCGGAUACAUAUUGCAAAUUCUAUUAAUACUAUGCCG